AUGGUUGUUGAGACAAGUUUACCAAACGUGGUCAAGAGCCUCAUGAACUCCAGGGCCAUUCUCAUGAAGAACAGACGAAGCAAUUUGUGCUUUCCUGCUCUGAGGCUUGGAGACAGCAAACGGAUUCCCAAUGUGGAGAACGCGCUCUUCGACCUUUUCAAAAACGAGGAAAAUGAAGUUCCGAUCAAUAAAUUCUUUCUCGCUCUGGAGACCACGGGGUUGCAGAAAAAUGACCCCAGGUUGCGGGAAACGCUGGAAAACCUGGAACGCGUCGCAGCAGCUGAAACCGAGAAAGAAGGCGAACCCGUGUCAAUUGACAAUCUCCAUUUAGAUAAGGACACCUUCAAAAGUGUUGUGUCCUACAACAUCGUCUUGAUUUCCAAGGCGUUCCGUCAACAAUUCGUCAUUCCUGAAUUUAUUCACUUCACCAAGCACAUCGAGGACUGCUACAGAAAGUGCUCGGACAUCAAAGAUGGCAAGAAUGCAUCGUACAUUCCUCAAUUGGCAAAGAUGAACUCGGAUUACUGGGGAAUCUCUGUAUGCACUGUGGAUGGUCAACGAUUUUCUCUCGGAGACUUCAAUGUUCCCUUCACUAUGCAAUCAACAAGCAAGGUGCUGACAUACGUCGUUGCGCAUUCUGAACUGGGUUCUGAGCAGAUCCACAAAUACAUUGGGCAAGAGCCCAGUGGCCGAAUGUUCAAUGAGCUCGUUUUGGACCACAAUCAGAAACCACACAACCCAAUGAUCAACGCUGGUGCAAUUUUGACGGCGAGUUUACUGCAGACUCUUGUUCACCCAGAAAUGAAACACAGCGAGAAAUUUGACUGGCUCAUGAGUUAUUUCAAGAGAUUAGCUGGAGGUCAGCCCAUCGGAUUCAACAACGCCGUUUUCAUGUCAGAGAGGGAAGACGCCGAUCGAAACUUCGCCCUCGCCUAUUACAUGAAAGAAAAUCAUUGCUUCACUGACGGGACUGAUUUGAACACGAACGACUUGUUUUCGUGA